CAAGCAACACCAUUAUUUACUGCGGAUGAUGGAUUGGAUGAAAACAGUUUCCUGAAAUUUUGACAGUAGCCGGUUUUUCUAAAAGAUAUUCUGUAGUAGAAACACUACAGAGAAAACAUUAAAAUGGCAACACGAAGUUUAACAGAGGUUUUCAUAUUGAUGAGAAACAAUGCAUUACAAAGUCGUCAUAUGUUUUCUGAACAUGUUAAUGAUGACCGGAUGGCACUUGUUUCAAAUGCAGCUUCUGAUAUGGAAAUGGGCAGUAUUAAUACAAAAUCAUCAAGAUUGCCUCCAGAAUGGGUAGAUGGUGUAGAAGAGGUACAGUAUGAAAUGACAAAAAUCAAAACUAAAAUGAAAGAACUUGCAACCCUUCAUGACAGACAUUUAAACAGACCAACUUUAGAUGAUAAUGUACAGGAGGAACAUGCUAUAGAAAUAAUGACACAAGAUAUUACACAGAUGUUUACCAGAUGUCAAAUAACAGUUCAGAGAAUAAGUCACAAAGGAAACCAUGGGACAGAGCAGGAAAAAAGACUAGCCAAAAAUAUAGUAUCAUCUGUGGCCAGAUCACUACAAGAUAUGUCAUUAAAUUUUAGAAAAACUCAAUCAGAUUACCUUAGAAAAAUAAAAAGUAGAGAAGAAAGGUCCAGAGAAUUUUUUGAUACAAAUAUAGGUCCAAGCUCAGGGUCAUUUAUGGAGGAAAUAGAACCUUUUGAAGAUGUAUUUGACAAGGGUUUUACUUCAUCACAAUUACACAUGGUUGAAGAUAAUACAGUACAUGUGAAACAAAGAGAGAAAGAAAUAUCACAAAUAGUACAGUCUAUAACAGAUCUGAAUGAAAUAUUUAAAGAUUUAGCUACUAUGGUUGUAGAUCAGGGAACAAUAUUAGAUAGAAUAGACUAUAAUGUAGAAAAUGCCAGUGUACAAGUAGAUAAAGGACUACAACAAUUACAGAAAGCCGAAAAAUAUCAAAAGAAAAAUAGAAAAAUGUUAUGUAUUGUUAUAUUAGCAGCUGUUAUUAUAUUAUUAUUGAUUAUAUUGAUAGCUGUCAAAAGAUAGCAUAAGUUGUCAUUUAGGGAUUUUUAAUAUUUUAAUAAAAAAAAAAAGGCUGUGAUUGAAUUAAAAGUUUAGGGACUUAAGGAAACAUUGGAUGGUGCCAUUUAACUAUGCAUUAUGUUGGUGCAGGAAAGUUAAGUUUUACCUCAAAUAUACUUAAUGUCAUGAAUGAUUUUCAAAAAAUCUUCAAUGGUGUCUUUAUAAAGUGAAAGGUUGAAGUAUCCUUGCAUUUAUAUAUGGAUGUGUAUAAAAGAGUCUAUCAGAAGUUGUUAAAGUUAAAAUUUCAAAUAGUCUAAUCAUUUUAGUAUUUUUAUGAUUAUUUAACAAUUUACAAGUUUUAGGUAUCUCCAUGGUCUGUUUCAUGCUGGCACACCUCCAUCAUUUGCUAAAUUUCCGCCAUUGCCAAAUAAUCUUCUUCAUGAUUGACUAUGCCAACACAAGGUGACAAUGUUAGAAAGUGUAGCUAAAUUUGAUUUUUUUUUCGCUUGUAGCUGCAGUUUUUGAUUUAAUAACUAUGUUUCAAGAAAUUUUCAUGCAAAAUCCCUAUUGUUAAUCAACAAAAUGCUGUCUAAGUUACUAAUUUAUUGACUUUGAGAGUUAUCAGGCUUAUGUCAGUUUUUCACUUUUUCGUGUAUUCACAACCAACAGGAGGAUGAAUUUAUAAAGUUUGGAUGAUUUACUUCAUUAUUCAAUAAUUUUUCAGCAAUGGACAACAUUUUGAAUUUAAGAAUUUAAAAUUUUUAAUACAAUUUCUUAGAAAUACCUGAGUAGAGGGAUUUAAAUUGGUUUUAAGAUGAUUUGUGUGUUGCAUGACAUCUUAUCUGUAGAUUAUAUAAUUAUUCAACUGUGCAAUAUAUAGUUACUGUGUUCAUCACUGUGUAUUUUUAAUUCAGAAAUUUCUGUGUGCAUUAGUUUUAUAAUUGCAAUUGUUGAACUAUGUGAAAAAAUGUAAGAUUUGUUAAAACAAUGUUAGGAAAGACUGCAUACAACUGAUGUUAUCAAAAUUUAGAAUACGAGUUAAAUUGACAAUAAACAUUAUAAAAUAGAUUGUAAGGUAGCUCAACUAGACAUGUAGAGGUCAUCAUAUAACCUUCAACAAUAGACAAAUAUAUUUUCAUUAGAUUAACAAGGUUAGAAAAGUAGGGAUUCAUUUCUUUGACUGAUAUAUAAUAAGUUGUUUAUUGAAUAGGGUUGAUGCAAAAAAAUCUGAUAAAAUCUGAAAACAAUGUCCUCGAAAACUACAAGGGGGAUAAUUGGGGAUUAGUUUGUAACUAUAAACACAGAUAACUGUUUAAGAAUAAUAAAACAAAUAUGUAUUUAAGUGAAAUGCUAGAGGUUGUAAUAAUAUACUGUAAUAUAUCAUUUGGACAAUCACCUUUUCUUUUAAAUAUUCUAUUUUAUAGGGUGAUUGCUGUUAUUAUUUUUGGAAAAUAUUGUAGUUAAGUAGACUGGGGCAUUACAUAGAUGUUUCUUGUGUUAAAAAAAAAAUCAAAUUGAUCUUUCAUGCAAAGUAUCAGCCUUGUUAUGUGUUUAAACUAAGCUUA